GUAGGAGUACGAGUACUGGAGGAGGAAGGAGGUUCCGGACGGACGAGGAUGACGACAGAAAGCUCUGAUAAUCAGUCAUCACAAUGGGGUCAAUGGCAGCAUCCUCCUCCCUGGGCUCUGCCAAAGCCCUAGCGUGCUCCCACGCCUCCCUCCUCGCGCCCCAAUUCCAAAGACCAGUGGUCGCGCCAGCUCCGUCGCGCCGCACUUCCGUCAGGAUGCGCGCUUCUGCUACUGCUGCCCCGGCGGAGCCGAAGAAGACCGUCUGGGUGUGGACCGAGAGCCGGCAGGUGAUGACGGCGGCCGUGGAGAGGGGCUGGAGCACUUUCCUCUUCGGAUCCAAAGAUCUCGGCAAGGACUGGUCAUCAACUGCUCGCAUCAAUCCUCUAUUCAUUGAUGGCCCGGAGAUUUUCAAUGGGGAAAACCAAAAGGUUGCUGUAAUUUCACAAGUCUCUUCGCCCAGUGAACUUGACCGUGUACAACCUGAAAAUGCCGAAGCCGAGAACAUUGUCAUAGACUUUCGAGGUGAUUGGCAGGUUAUACCGGCAGAAAAUAUAGUUGCUGCUUUCCAAGGAUGCAAAGGAACUGUAUUGGCUGUUUCAACCAACUCAACUGAGGCACAAGUUUUUCUUGAGGCCUUGGAGCAAGGGCUUGAUGGAGUUGUACUUAAAGCAGAUGACAUGGAUGAUAUCAUUAAGCUCAAGGAUUAUUUUGACAGAAGGAACGAGGCAAAGAGUCAAUUACCAUUGACAAAGGCUACUGUAUCAAAGGUUGAGGUUGUUGGUAUGGGUGAUCGUGUUUGUGUCGAUCUUUGCAGUAUCAUGCGACCUGGUGAAGGCCUUCUGGUUUGUGUUGGAUCUUAUGCAAGAGGAAUGUUUCUUGUUCAUUCUGAAUGCUUGGAGACUAAUUACAUUGCAAGCAGGCCUUUCAGAGUCAAUGCAGGUCCUGUGCAUGCAUAUGUCACCGUUCCUGGUGGCAAGACAAGCUACCUCUCAGAGUUGGGGUCAGGAAAGGAAGUCAUCAUCGUCGAUCAAAAUGGGCUAUGGCGUACUGCAAUUGUGGGUCGUGUGAAAAUUGAAUCAAGGCCUCUCAUCCUUGUAGAAGCAAAGGAUAACUCUGGAGAUGACACGUAUAGCAUUUUUCUACAAAAUGCAGAAACAGUUGCACUUAUCAUCCCUGACACGGGAUCAAGUGGAAGAACAGCUAUUCCUGUGACUUCCCUGAAAGUCGGUGAUGAAGUUUUGGUGAGGAAACAGGGCGGCGCCCGUCACACUGGGAUAGAGAUUCAGGAGUUUAUUGUUGAGAAAUGAAAGUAGAAACACUGAAUGCACCUGUUACCUCAGGUAGAGAGAUUCAGGAGUUUAUUGUUGAGAAAUGAAAAUAGAAACGCUGAAUGCACCUGUUACCUCAUUACCUGGUACCAACUUUCACGUCAUUUUGAACAAAAAAAUGAUGUAUGGUUGCAACAUUCAUCUAUUCUGCUGUUGAUAAUUGUGCAACUCAA